AUGUCACGAUUCCUGGAACUUGCAGUAGCCUCCGCUGGAUGUUUUGGUGUCAGUUUUGUCGGAUUCCAGGUAUACAAACGGAAAAAUGAACAAGUGGCCAUCAAGUCAGAGCCAUACGUUAGUCAAGCUCUCGGAAUACUGCAGGGUUAUAACGUAGUGAUGGAUAGACUGGGCAGUCCACUGACACUUCACAAUAUAUCUAGAGAUCCAUCAGAGAACAGUGUGGAUCCUCUAGCUGGAAACGCUAAGUUGAAGAUUCCUGUGAGUGGUUCUAAGGGGCCCUCAGCGUUUUUGUAUCUUUGGGCAACAAGACCUCCAAUUACAACAGAAACACCAAAGAAUGAAAUUCCAGAAUGGAAAAUAAAUCAGCUAGACAUUGAACUUGGACCGGAGUACCGCUGGACAUUCUAUAUUCAUAAGGAUCAUAUGAAGGAUGAUAAAUUGAAAGUUUCCAAUGUGGAUAUCCCGGAAAAGUUAUGGGAGGAAACAUCAUGACAACAAAAUCAUGAUUCAUAAAUUAUUUCAUCAGAGUUUGAAAAUGUUGAAGUUUGAAAAUGAGUCGGAGGAACAGAUAACAGACUGAAAGGAUGAAAGAAGCUGUGGUGAAUGAUAUGUCUUGAAACAAAGAUUGCUAUUGGCUGAAUGAUGACUUUAUUUUUUGUAACAAUGUUGUUGAUUGGUUAGUAAAGAUACAUACUUGCUGGUAGAACAUCAUAAUGGUUGAUAGUCUGAAAGGAAAGAAAAUUAUGUGGUACUUACAAGUUGAAUUUAAUCAGUUGUUUUUAAUGAUAAAAAAUAAUAAACACUGGUAAAUUCUAGACACUAUAUGCUGCUUCACUUAAGAGAACUUCUCAAGCCUCACUGAUACUCUUUAAAACAGGAGGCAAGGUUGUUACUGGAAUGGGCCACCGCUCCAAAAGAAUGAACUUCUUAAGCCUCACUGAGACUCGCAUUAAUGCAAACGGGCAAGUUCUUUACUUACAACAUACCGCUCCACUGGAGAGAACUGGUGGGGAAGUGUGUAACCCUGGUAAAUACUUACCACAAUAUACCGCUCCACUGGAGAGAACUGGUGGGGAAGUGUGUAACCCUGGUAAAUACUUACCACAAUAUACCGCUCCACUGGUGGGGAAGUGUGUAACCCUGGUAAAUACUUACCACAAUAUACCGCUCCACUGGUGGGGAAGUGUGUAACCCUGGUAAAUACUUACCACAAUAUACCGCUCCACUGGUGGGGAAGUGUGUAACCCUGGUAAAUACUUACCACAAUAUACCGCUCCACUGGUGGGGAAGUGUGUAACCCUGGUAAAUACUUACCACAAUAUACCGCUCCACUGGUGGGGAAGUGUGUAACCCUGGUAAAUACUUACCACAAUAUACCGCUCCACUGGUGGGGAAGUGUGU